UUUGGUUUAGACAUCGUUAGAUUGUUCUGAUCAUGGGUCUUCUUGAGUUCGGAGAAAUUAGUGCUCGGAUAUUCUUCAAUAGAUAAGGAUCACACUAGGAUGGCAUUCGAAAAAUGGAAGAGCUGAACAGGAUGAACACUUUCUUGUUUCUUCUUUUUCUGGGUUCAAUCGAUGCUGAGAUAUCAUUAUGUCCCCUAGAUUUCUAUUAUGAACAAAAGACAGAGAAAGUGGAACAGGAAAAGGAAGAAAUAGCUACUGGACUCACCAUUCACGACAUUUUGCCAGUGGAUCCAAGUAAAUAUGACAAAAUGCGACCUCCAAAAAGAGACGGCAACCCCACCAUUGUUCAUUUUCAUGUAACAGUGAUGGGUUUGGAUAGUAUUGAUGAAAACUCUAUGACUUAUGCUGCUGACAUAUUUUUCGCGCAAACCUGGAAGGAUCACCGAUUGAGGCUGCCUGAGAACAUGACAGCGGAGUACAGAUUGCUGGAAGUGGAGUGGCUGAAGAACAUGUGGAGACCGGAUUCUUUCUUCAAGAACGCCAAAUCCGUCACUUUCCAAACCAUGACCAUUCCGAACCACUACAUGUGGUUGUACAAGGAUAAAACCAUACUGUAUAUGGUUAAGUUAACUCUACGUUUGUCAUGUGCCAUGAAUUUCAUGAUAUACCCUCAUGAUACUCAAGAAUGUAAGCUUCAAAUGGAAAGUUUAUCUCAUACUACGGAUGACAUGAUCUUCGAAUGGGAUCCAGAUGUGCCAUUGGUAGUUGACGAAAACAUAGAAUUACCCCAGUUAGCCCUCGUGAAGAAUAAUACGGCUGAUUGCACCCAAGUUUACUCUACUGGAAAUUUCACUUGCCUCGAAGUGGUGUUUGUAUUGAAGAGGAGGCUGGGAUAUUACUUGUUCCAUACGUAUAUUCCGACUUGUCUCAUCGUUAUUAUGUCGUGGGUAUCAUUUUGGAUAAAGCCAGAAGCAGCACCAGCUAGGGUAACACUUGGUGUCACUUCUCUGCUGACCUUAUCAACCCAGCAUGCCAAAAGUCAGGCAUCUCUUCCUCCAGUUUCCUACCUGAAAGCUGUUGAUGCUUUCAUGUCUGUAUGUACUGUAUUUGUGUUCAUGGCACUCAUGGAAUACUGUCUUGUGAACAUCGUACUCGGUGAUUCAGAUGCUCCUAAGCCUGCCCCCAAAAAGCCUAAGCCUUCUAACAACAUUUUCGAGGUGGUGUCCAAAGAUCAUUCGGUUCUUCUUAGUGCCCCCAAUCCCCCUACACCGAUCGUCAGUCCAGCUCAGAAGCAGAGAAGCAGAGCCAUCAAUAUAGAUAGAUUCUCUAGAGUAUUCUUUCCACUUUUGUUCACCGUUUUGAAUUGUACUUAUUGGAUCAUGUUUGCUGAAUAUAUCUAAAUCGUUAGUUA